AGCAACCACAUAUAUACUCAAUCAACAAAGAUUUUUGUUUUUGUGGAGAUAUCUUGACUCUUGUGCUCCUCAAUCCAUGAGAAUCAUAACUUUAUUUUUUGUUUAUGUCACACUUUUGCUUAUUUCAAAACCAAAAGGUGUAGUUGCAAUUGCAAGCAUAAUUCCAAUUCCAAACAACCAAUACUAUUCUACAUGUCCUGUCAUAUUUUCUCCUUCUACUUCUAUCCCUGCUCCUCAGAUAAAAUAUGAUGUCUUUGUUAGCUUUAGAGGCAGUGACAUUCGCAAACACUUCCUUAGCCAUGUCCUCGAAGCUUUGUCGCGAAAGAGAAUCGUUGUUUUUUCUGACAAAAAGCUUAAAACAGGAGAUGAAUUAUCAGCAAUUCAAAGAGCAAUUGAAAAAUCAUUCAUUUCAUUGGUUAUAUUCUCUCCAAACUUUGCAUCUUCAUAUUGGUGUAUGGAGGAGCUUGUGAAAAUAGUUGAGUGUAGAGAAAAAUAUGGUAGGAUUCUAAUGCCAGUUUUCUACCAAGUAGAGCCCACAGUUGUAAGGUACCAAAAUGGGAUUUAUAGAGAUGCUUUUGCUCAACAUGAACAAAAUUAUAGUUCUUACAAGGUUCUAAGGUGGAGAUCUGCUUUGAAGCAAUCUGCAAAUAUUUCUGGAUUUGAUUCAUCACAAUUUUCGGAUGAUGCUAAGCUUGUUGAAGAAAUACUUCAAAGUGUGUUGAUGAAGUUGAAUCAAGUGGACCAAGGUAAGUCAAAAGGACUUAUAGGAAUUGAGAAACAAAUUUCACCUAUAGAAUCAAUGUUACAUUUAGAGUCGGAAGAUGUCCGUGUUCUUGGAAUUUGGGGUAUGCCAGGUAUUGGUAAAACAACUAUUGCUGAAGAAGUAUUUCGAAGACUACGUUCUGAAUAUGAAACUUGUUGUUUUAUGGCUAAUGUAAGAGAAGAAUCAGAAAGAUAUGGCACAAACAGUUUGAGGUUAAGAAAAAAGCUUUUAUCCACUCUAUUAGAGGAUGAAGAUUUGAAAGAUGACAUGAUAAAUGGAUUACCACCUUUGGUUAAGAAAAGGCUUAGCCGCAUGAAGGUUCUUAUUGUUCUUGAUGAUGUCAAAGAUGCGGAACAACUAGAAGUUUUGGUUGGAACAGUUGAUUGGUUAGGACCAGGAAGUAGAAUCAUCAUAACUGCUAGAGAUAAACAAGUACUUUCUGGAAAAGUUGAUGAUAUAUAUGAAGUUGAGCCAUUGGACUCUGCUGAAUCUUUUCAGCUUUUCAACUUGCAUGCCUUUAAUAAACAAAAGCAUCUUGAAAUGGAGUACUAUAAGCUAUCAAAGAAAAUGGUGGAUUAUACCGCAGGUGUUCCACUGGUUCUUAAAGCUUUAGCUAACCUUCUUCGUGGGAAAGAUAAAGCCAUAUGGGAAAGCCAAUCAAGGAAUCUUAAAAUAGAGCAGAUUGAAAAUGUCCACGAUGUUUUUAGAUUGAUAUACACUAAUCUUGAUUAUUAUGAAAAGAUCAUAUUCUUAGACAUUGCCUGCUUUUUUGAUGGAUUGAAGUUGAAACUUGAACUCAUAAAUCUUCUAUUGAAAGAUCGUUAUUAUUCAGUAAGCACUAGAUUGGAAAGGCUAAAAGAUAAAGCUCUUGUAACUAUUUCUCAACAAAGCAUUGUAUCAAUGCAUGACAUUAUACAAGAAACAGCUAGGGAGAUUGUUCGCCAAGAAUCUGUUGAAGAACCUGGAAACCGAAGCCGACUAUUGGAUCCUGAUGACAUUUAUCAUGUAUUGAAAGAUGACAAGCAGGGAAGUGAGGCCAUCAGAAGUAUGGCCAUCAGACUAUCUGAAAUUAAGGAGCUGGAGUUGAGCCCUCAAGCAUUUGCCAAGAUGAGCAAAUUGAAAUUUUUGGAUAUUUAUACAAAGGGGUCUCAAAAUGAAGGGAGUUUGUCUCUUCCUCAAGGGCUCGAAUCCUUGCCUAAUGAACUGAGAUAUCUUCGUUGGGAGUAUUACCCUUUGGAAUUCUUGCCAUCCAAGUUUUCUGCAGAAAACCUUGUUAUAUUGAACCUGCCUUAUAGCCGAUUGAAAAAACUUUGGCAUGGAGCGAAGGAUAUUGUGAAUUUGAAUGUCCUUAUACUCUCUUCAUCCGCACUUCUAACGGAGCUACCAGACUUUUCAAAGGCCACAAAUCUUGCAGUAUUGGACCUCCAAUCUUGUGUAGGGUUGACUAGUGUCCAUCCAUCUGUUUUCUCUCUCAAAAAUCUUGAGAAAUUGGAUCUGAGUGGAUGCAGUUCCCUGAAAAGCCUUCAAAGCAAUACUCAUUUAAGUUCCCUUAGUUAUCUCUCCCUCUACAACUGCACAGCACUGAAGGAAUUCUCAGUGACCUCGGAGAAUAUAAACGAGUUAGAUUUAGAACUCACUAGUAUCAAAGAAUUACCAUCAUCAAUUGGACUACAAACCAAACUUGAAAAGUUAUAUCUAGGACACACUCACAUUGAAAGCUUGCCAAAAAGCAUCAAGAAUCUUACAAGGCUGAGACAUCUGGACUUGCACCAUUGCAGUGAACUUCAAACUCUACCAGAGCUUCCUCCAUCACUAGAAACACUAGAUGCUGAUGGUUGUGUAUCACUAGAGAAUGUAGCGUUCCGUUCAACUGCUAGUGAACAACUGAAGGAAAAAAAGAAAAAGGUUACCUUCUGGAAUUGCCUUAAAUUAAAUGAGCCUUCUCUCAAGGCUAUUGAGUUGAAUGCUCAAAUUAACAUGAUGAACUUUUCACACAAACAUAUUACAUGGGACCGUGAUCGUGAUCAUGAUCACAAUCAAGGCAUGUAUGUGUAUCCAGGUAGCAAAAUUCCAGAGUGGUUGGAAUAUAGUACAACUAGACAUGAUUACAUAACUAUUGAUCUUUUUUCUGCUCCUUAUUUCUCAAAGUUGGGCUUCAUUUUUGGCUUCGUCAUUCCAACCAUCUCAUCAGAGGGUUCGACUUUGAAAUUCAAAAUCAGUGAUGGUGAAGAUGAAGGUAUCAAAAUGUAUUUAGACAGACCACGUCACGGAAUUGAAUCAGAUCAUGUGUAUCUAGUGUAUGAUCCAAGAUGCUCUCAUUACCUAGCUAGCCGAGUCAAUGAUCAGUCAAAGAUCAAAAUUCAGGUUAGAGUAGCAUCAAGAACACCGACAUCACCGUAUGUGCCAGUCCAGUUAAGAGGGUUUGGGGUUAGCCUAGUAACCCCUUCACAGUAUGACAUGUUUAAACAGCAAUUGGAAUUUGGUGAUGCAACUGUUUUUCCAAAUAAUACGUGUUCAGUGGAAGAGGGAUCGAAGUUUUUUGGAACACAUUGGUCAUCAUUGUUCUAUAAGCUAGACACAAUCCAAACGAUGGCUGAAAUAAAAGGCCUCAAGCACCAUGAUAACAAGACGGCGCACAUAUCAGCCUCAGGACCUAUGAGAGACAAAGGAAAAUCCACAAUGCACAUUAAUCGUGCAUUUUUUGUUUGUCUUUUGUUUAUCUGGAAAUUUAAGGGUGAAGUCGCAAGCACAAAACCAGACACAAAUUUUCCAUAUACAUUGAAGUUUCAAUCUUCUGUUCCUCAAAUUCACAAGUAUGAUGUCUUUGUUAGCUUUCGGGGUCCAGAUAUCCGUGAAGUUUUUCUUCCUCAUUUGAUUAAAGCUUUUUCUCAAAAGAAAAUUGUUUACUUUGUAGACUAUAAGCUUACAAAAGGAAAUGAAAUAUCACAGUCACUUUUUGAAGCAAUUGAAACAUCUUCAAUUUCAUUAGUCAUAUUCUCUCAAAACUAUGCUUCUUCAUCUUGGUGUUUGGAUGAGCUGGUCAAAGUUGUUGACUGUAGAGAGAAAGAUGGAAACAUUUUAUUGCCUGUUUUCUACAAAGUUGAUCCCACAAUUGUGAGGCAUCAAAAUGGAACUUAUGCAGAUGCAUUUGUUGAACAUGAACAAAAGUACAAUUGGACCGUCGUACAACGAUGGAGAUCUGCUUUGAAGAAAUCCGCGAAUAUCAAUGGGUUUCAUACAUCAAAAAGAUUGAAUGAUGCCGAACUUGUUGAAGAAAUAGUAAAAUUUGUUUUGAAGAGGUUGGAUCAUGUGCAUCUUGUCAAUUCAAAAGGACUUAUUGGAAUUGGCAAACAAAUUUCACGUGUAGAAUCAUUGUUACAAGUAGAGUCGCAAGAUGUUCGUGCUAUUGGAAUUUGGGGUAUGAGUGGUAUUGGAAAGACAACUAUUGCAGAAGAAGUAUAUAGCAUGCUAUGUUCGGAGUAUAGUGGUUGUUACUUCAAGGCCAAUGUAAGAGAAGAAUGUAGAAGACAUGGAAUAAUACAUUUAAAGAAAAAGCUUUUUUCUACUCUAUUAGGGGAACAAGAUUUGAAAAUUGACACGCCACAUAGAUUGCCCUAUCGCGAUUUUGUGAGGCUUCGAACUAUGAAGGUUCUUGUUGUUCUUGACGAUGUGAGUGAUCAAGAGCAACUAGAUAUUUUAAUUGGAACACUUGAUUGGUUUGGAAAAGGUAGUAGAAUCAUCAUAACAACCGUAGAUAAGCAAGUACUUGGCAAAGGGGUUUUUGCCAAUGAUAUAUAUGAGGUUAGGCCAUUAAACUUUGAUGACUCUCUUAGGCUUUUCAAUUUGAAUGCUUUUGAACAAAAUCAAACAUAUCAAAUAGAGUACUAUGAGUUGUCCAAGAGGAUGGUCAAGUAUGCCAAAGGAAUCCCACUCAUUCUUGAAAUUUUAGGUCGUAAGCUGCGUGGAAAAGAUAAAAAAGAAUGGGAAGACCAAUUAGAGAGGGUUAAAAAAGUUCCAAUUAAAAAAUUUCAUGAAAUUAUUAGAUUGAGUUACAAUGAUCUCAAUCGUCAUGAGAAGAGGAUGUUUUUAGACAUUGCGUGUUUCAUAGAUGGAUUGCAUCUCAAUGUUGACGACAUAAAAUUGUUAGCAAAAGAUCUAGGUUAUCCGGUGGGUGUUGAGUUAGAAAGUCUAAAAAAUAAAGCACUUAUAAAUAUUUCUCCAGAUAAUGUUGUAUCCAUGCACACCAUUAUACAAGAAACAGCUUGGGAAUUUGUUCGCGAAGAAUCCAUUGAUGAUCCUGAAAAUCAAAGUCGACUAGUGGAUUAUGACACUUAUCAAGUACUAAAACAUAACAGGGGGAGUGAGGCUAUUCGAAGUAUAGCUACCGACUUUUCAAUAAUUAAGGAUCUGCAGUUAAAUUCCAAGGUCUUUGCUAAGAUGAACAAACUACAAUAUCUGGAUAUCUAUACUAAAGGAUAUUAUGUGUUUUUCCAAAUUCCUCGAAGCUUGAAUCUUCCUCAAGGGCUUAAAUCUUUGCCAGAUGAACUCAGAUAUCUUCGUUGGGCAUAUUACCCCUUAGAGUCUUUACCAUCUAAGUUUAAUGGGGAGAAACUUGUUGUGUUGAACUUGCAGAACAGCCAAGUCAAAAAACUUUGGCAUGAAGAUAAGGAUGUUGUGAAUUUGAAGUUUCUAAUAUUGAGUUUAUCCUCACAACUGAUGGAGCUUCCAAACUUGUCAAAGGCUAAAAAUCUUGCAAUAGUUGAUCUUCGCAUGUGUGGACGGCUGACUAGUAUACACCCAUCUGUAUUUUCUCUGAACAAGCUUGAGAAAUUGGAUCUAGGUGGAUGUUUUUCCCUCACAAGCCUCAAAAGCAACAUUCAUUUAAGCUCCCUUCGUUAUCUAUCACUUGCUGGUUGCAUUAAACUAAAAGAGUUCUCAGUAACCUCAAAGGAAAUGGUAUUGUUAAAUUUAGAGCACACAGGUAUCAAACAACUGUCAUCAUCAAUAGGACUUCAAACCAAACUUGAAAAGUUGCUUCUUUCACACAGUUUCAUUGAGAACUUGCCUAAAAGCAUCAGGCGCCUUUCAAGUCUGAGACAUCUAGAAUUACGACAUUGUAGGAAGCUUCAACGUCUACCAAAGCUUCCUUCAUCGUUGAUAACUCUAGAUGCCACCGGCUGUGUAUCAUUAGAGAAUGUAACUUUCCCUUCAAGGGCUCUUCAAGUGUUAAAGGAAAACAAGACAAAGGUUUCUUUCUGGAAUUGUGUGAAACUAGUUGAGCAUUCUCUUAAAGCAAUAGAAUUGAAUGCACAAAUUAACAUGAUGAAAUUUGCACACAAGCAAAUAUCUACAUCCAGUGAUCAUGAUUAUGAUGCUCAAGGCACAUAUGUGUAUCCAGGAAGCAGUGUUCCAAAAUGGUUGGUGUAUAGAACAACACGUAAUUACAUGUUUAUUGAUCUCUCUUUUGUGAAUCAUUCCUCUGAUCAAUUGGCCUUCAUAUUUUGCUUUAUUGUUCCACAAGUUGAAUCAGAGGGUUUCAUUUUGAGAUUUAAUAUUAGUGUUGGCGGUGAAGCUGAAAAUAUUCAAGUAUACUUGAAUAAGCCUAGUCAAGAAAUUAAAUCAGACCAUGUGUAUCUGAUGUGUGACCAAGGUUUGUCUCGCUAUCUAAAUAGCCGGGUGAAAAAUCAGCCGAAGUUCAAAAUUAAAGUUACAGCAGAAUCAGGAACACCAACAUUAGGGUACAUGCCAGUAAUGUUGUUGAGAGGGCUUGGGGUCAGCCCAAUAAACAUAUCACAAUAUCUCAAUUUCAUUCAACAAAUGGAAAUUGUGGCUGAAGGUCCAUGUAUCUCAUUUUCUUUAAUGGGAAAUGAAAUUUAUAUACUUACAGUUUUCAUAGGAUUAGUCAUAAAGAAUGUUUUCUGUGCCGCUAAUGAGUUUUUACUUUGAUAGUGUUAAAGUUAAGAAUCUUUAGAUAUUCCUUUAAUUAUACAACUUCCUAGAUUGAUUGUUGUUACUCCUAGAGUAUUCAACUUCCUAGGCUAGUGCUUACUAAUGAAGUAUUCAAUGCACUAAUUGUAAAAUCAUUAUAAUUACAAGGUGUGUGAUCUCAUUAUAGACACACAGAUCUACAAAGA